GGCCUCCGGCAGACCGACGGCCCGCGCGGGGCAUGCCGGGAGUUGUAGUUCUUUCCCUCCCCCCCCCCCCCCGCGCGGUGCAUGCCGGGAGCCGCAGUCCGCCGCGGGGCAGGCCGGGAAACAUGGCGGCGCCCGAGCUGCUGUCGGACGAGGGGUACCGGGCGGACGGGCGCCGGCCCGCCGAGCUCCGCAAGGUCCGUGCCCGCAUGGGCGUCUUCGCGCAGGCCGACGGCUCGGCCUACAUUGAGCAGGGCAACACCAAGGCGCUGGCCGUGGUCUACGGCCCCCACGAGAUGCGCGGCUCCCGCAGCAAGGCGCUGCCCGACCGGGCGCUGGUGAACUGCCAGUACAGCAUGGCCACCUUCAGCACCGGCGAGCGCCGGCGGCGGCCCCACGGCGACCGGCAAGCGGGCGAGCUGGCCCUGCACCUCAAGCAGACCUUCGAGGCCGCCAUCCUCACCCGCCUCUACCCCCGCUCCCAGAUCGACAUCUACGUCCAGAUCCUGCAAGCCGACGGCGGCAACUACUGCGCCUGCGUGAACGCGGCCACGCUGGCGGUGAUGGACGCCGGCAUCCCCAUGCGGGACUACGUCUGCGCCUGCUCGGCCGGCCUGGCCGAGGACACCCCCCUGGCCGACCUCAGCUCCCCCGAGGAGGCGGCGGGGGGGCCGCGGCUGGUGCUGGCGCUGCUGCCGGCGUCGGGACAGAUCGCCCUGCUGCAGCUCAGCGCCCGCCUGCACCAGGAGCGGCUGGAGGCGGCGUUGGAGGCGGCCGGGCAGGCGUGCCGCGCUCUCCACGCCGUGCUGGACCGCGUGGUGCGGGACCGGCUGCGGGAGGUCACCGCGCUGCUGGGCGACUGAGCGGCACCGGCGCGAGACCCCCGUCAAUAAAGGUGUGCCCCGUGAAGUGUGCCGUGCCGCGUGC